GUAAUUCUGAUUGAAGCCCAGCCUUGGGGUCUGGGGGGGACUAGGUGGGAUUUCCUGGCCAGGGUCCUCUACUGUUGAUAAAGAGCAGGAGGAAGCCGAGGCAGCAGGGGCUGCCCAGGGAAGCCCCGUGGUCCCGGUGGAUCCCUAGUGCUCGUGCUCGGGAGGAGGAGCUUAUAGACAUCUGGUGCACAGGAAACUGAGUUCCAGACGGCGCCGCCGAGAGAGAUUCUAGGCUCCCCGAGCAGGAUUUUGACCCAUCAAGCGGCAUCUGGGGUUCCAGGAGGCGGCAGCUGCAGGCUGACCACCGGUGAGGCAGGAUGGACUGGCCGCACAACCUGCUUCUCCUUCUUGCCAUUUCCAUCUUCCUGGGGCUGGGCCAGCCCAGGAGCCCCAAAGGCAAAAGGAAGGGGCAAGGGCGGCCUGGGACCUUGGCCCCCGGGCCUCACCAGGUGCCCCUGGACCUGGUAUCUCGGGUGAAGCCCUACGCCCGCAUGGAGGAGUAUGAGAGGAACCUGGGUGAGAUGGUGACACAGCUGAGAAACAGCUCCGAGCCAGGUACAAGGAAGUGUGAGGUCAACCUCCAGCUGUGGCUGUCCAACAAGAGGAGCCUGUCUCCUUGGGGCUACAGCAUCAACCACGACCCCAGCCGCAUCCCUGCGGACCUGCCCGAGGCUCGGUGCCUGUGUCUGGGCUGCGUGAACCCCUUCACCAUGCAGGAGGACCGCAGCAUGGUGAGCGUGCCGGUGUUCAGCCAGGUGCCCGUGCGCCGCCGCCUCUGCCCGGCGCCGCCGCGCCCCGGGCCCUGCCGCCAGCGCGCCGUCAUGGAGACCAUCGCCGUGGGCUGUACCUGCAUCUUCUGAGUGUGGACCCAGCUCUCCCGCACUGGCCACCGCAAGGCUGCUGAGAGCGAACGCUGUCCUUUGUAAAGCAAUGCUUCGGCUUUGCUCUUUGUGGCUGAAAGAAAAAAUUGGGGUGGGGCUUAGAGAUCCUGGGGAGUCAGAUAUCAGGUCAAUAUAAAGAGGAUUUUCCAUUACUCUGAGUUCUCCAACAGUGAGACAGGCCAUUAAAAUACUGCAUUCGUUUCUAACAUUUAA